AUGAGAGGCCCUAAAGAGCUAUGGAAGUCUCUGAAAGAUCGUUUUGAUCAUCAGAAAGACAUAACACUUCCACUUGCUCGGGAUGAAUGGCAGAGUCUGAGAUUCCAAGAUUUCGACAAAGUGAUGAAUUACAAUUCUGAUGUGUUAGGAAUUGUGGCUAAAUUGAGAUACUGUGGUGAAACGAUCACUGAAUCUCAAAUGUUUGAGAAGACAUACACCACAUUCCACAAGAGCCACAUCACCCUGCAACAACAGUACAGGUUGCGGGGAUAUACCAAAUUUUCGGAAUUGAUUGUAGCUCUUCUCAUAGCAGAAAAGAACAACGAGCUUCUGAUCAAGAAUCACAUGACCCGUCCAACUGGUUCUAAACCGUUUCCUGAAGCAAACGCAUUAGAUGCGAAGAAACCACUAAGGGAAAAUAAUACCUUUCGGGCUCGCGGUCGCGGUCGUCAAAACUACCGUGGACGACGACAAAAUUACAAUCCAAAAGAUAGGAAGUCAUUCCAGUGGGUCCGCUCUGAACAAACCCCUAAGGGCAAAGAACACCAAGGAAAUACCUCCCAGAAGCGAGAAGAAGCUUGUUUCAGAUGCGGUACUAAGGGAAACUAG